UCUGUUUCCAACUCUUGUGAAUAUUUGAUAAUAUUGUUAAAAGUAUUAAACUCGACCAAGCACUUAUAGUAGUUGAAGAGGGACUAAAUUCGGAGAAAAAAAGAAAAAAAAAAAAAAAAAAAGAGAAACAGCAAAUUGGUUGUUAUGCUUAACAGUAAAUUAACGGGAAUGGCUUACCGUAAUUUACUUAUCCGAACGCCAUGUCGGGGUGCACAGGCGAGAUGGCUGACAGCUCAAUCAAGGCCACCGCCUUCAAUGGCUAUCCUCGACGACUACUUAGACAUAGCCCGACCACAUUUCAGCCAUAUCCCCAAGUCGGAGCUCUCAGUCACCGCUUUCCACGAUAGCCUUCCUUCUUUCAACCAUCCGCGGACUACCGCCUCCGACCGGCAGGCCAUCGUCGACAGGCUCAAGCCGUAUGCCAUCAUCUCGUCGAUGCGAGAGCGCACACCAUUCCCGGGAGAAUUACUAAGGCAACUACCCAAUCUGAAGCUUCUUCUAGCGACCGGCACGCAGUUCGAAACGUUCGACCUAGCCACAGCCUCCGAGCUUGGCAUCAGCGUUGCCGCGGCGCCCGGCAGGGGCCGCACGGACGGUAAACUGACGAGCCGUCCGGCGCGACCUAAGCUCGAUAUCAAGAAAGGCGGCAGCCAUCCGACGACGCAGCACGCGUGGGCGCUGAUAUUGGCUCUCGCGCGCAACGUGGCCGCCGACGACGCGGCCAUGAAAGGCCCGACGAAAAGCUGGCAGUCCCAGCUCGCCAUCGGACUAACAGGCGCGACGCUCGGCGUCGUCGGCCUCGGACGUCUUGGCGCCGCGGUGGCGCGGAUCGGCAGCUUGGCGUGGGGCAUGCGCGUGGUGUGCUGGAGCGAGAACUUGACGCAGGAGAAGGCGAACCGGAAGGCCGAGGAAAUGGGACUUCCGGUCCGCGGUGGUUACGCCCUGGAUCCCGACGCGCCGACGUUUACCGCCGUUAGCAAGGACGAGCUGUUCGCGACGGCGGAUGUGGUCAGCUUGCAUUACGUCCUUAGCGACCGUUCCCGAGGGAUUGUCGGAAAGGCCGAGUUAGCCCGGAUGAAGGACUCGGCGCUGUUGGUCAAUACCUCGAGAGGGCCAUUAAUUGACGAUCAAGCGUUAUAUGACGCGCUGCAGACGGGUCGCAUCCGAGGCGCCGCGCUGGAUACAUUUGACAUUGAGCCUUUACCCGCUGACAGUCCUUGGCGGUCGACUGAAUGGGGCACUCAGGGGAGAGGCAACUUGAUUAUUACUCCGCAUAUGGGAUAUGUCGAAGACGGGAUUAUGCAUACUUGGUACGAAGAAACUGCAGAGAAUUUAGAGCGGUGGCUUCGGGGAGAAGCACUUCUUCAUCGUCUUAACUAGGUAAGUACCUAGGUUAGACUGUUCUCUAAAGCCCAUGAUUGUAUAUAUCCGGGUUUGAAUCACGGUAUCUAAGCGCAAUAUUAGC